UACAAGACAGCAGAUCAAGUAAGUUCUGUGCUCCGCUCUUUGGAACGUGACUACCGUCGCGAUGAGGAUGACUGUCAAACGGAAAAGGCAAACGAAGCGGGUGCUCUGAACCCAGCCACAGGACGCCAGGAGUACUUAACAAAUACAUUAGCGAAACAUUGUGAGCAAAAGGAGGGCUUCUUGAAAGCCUGCAUCCUUGCCAGGCGAACUUCAGAUCUAUUUAUUAAAUACAUGCAUCGACAACCAUCCAUCACUGUUGGGCGAACUUUCGUCGAGGAACGAAUUCGCGUGGUAAUGCCAGAGCUAAUGGCACGCGAGCAAGUCGUUCUUGAGGCAUGGGCCUCUAGAAAGCGUCGUCUAGAUGAUUGUCUUUAUUAUGUGGGACUCAAGGUAGAUUUCCUAUUCAUGGUUUUCUCUUACUUGUGGGAAGCUGAAGUUUUCCUAUUGAAAUAUUCCUUAUUUUUGUGA